AUGGCCUCGCCAGUAGUACUUGGUGUAGCUGCUCUUGUCAUCUUCUUCGUUAUUCGCUACCUCAAUUCAUCUGAUAUUCCAAAGAUCAAGAACCUUCCCGAGAUCCCUGGCGUUCCUCUUUUUGGCAACUUGCUCCAGUUGGGUACUAGUCAUGCUCUAGUUGCUCAGAAAUGGGCGAAGCAAUAUGGACCAGUGUUCCAGACUCGUCUUGGAAACAGGCGUAUUGUGUUCGCCAAUACAUUCGACUCCGUCAAGCAUAUCUGGGUGACGAACCAGUCAGCCUUGAUCUCUCGACCGACUUUGCACACUUUCCACACUGUAGUUUCAUCGUCCAGUGGAUUUACCAUCGGCACCUCUCCAUGGGAUCCAAGUUGUAAAGAGCGAAGAAAGGCAGCAGCAACGGCUCUCAACCGUCCAGCAGUGCAGAGCUACAUGCCUUUCAUUGACUUUGAAUCCACAAGAUCAAUCAAGGAGAUGCUUGCAGAUUCAAAGGACGGCACUGUCGACGUCGACCCGAAUCCUUACUUCCAGCGAUACGCCUUGAGCACAAGUCUUACUCUCAACUACGGCAUCCAAAUCGAAGGCAGUAUCGACAACGAGAUGCUUAAGGAGAUCACACAUGUUGAGCGUGAGAUCAGUAACUUCAGAUCGACCUCAAACAACUGGCAAGAUUACAUCCCACUCAUGCGACUGUGGCCCACAAACAACGUGAAGCCACUUGAGUACAAGAAACGUAGAACAGCAUAUAUGACCAAGUUGCUGAAUAUGCUGAAGGAUAAGAUCAACGCUGGUACCGACAAACCAUGCAUCACUGGCAACAUCCUCAAGGACCCGGAAGCGAAGCUGAACGAUGCUGAGAUCAUGUCUAUUUGCUUGACAAUGGUGAGUGCUGGUUUGGAUACUGUUCCUGGCAACUUGGUCAUGUGUUUGGCAUAUCUGUCGUCCGAGAAUGGCCAGAAAAUCCAGCAAAGAGCUCUGGAUGAGAUCAACAGAGUUUAUCCGAAUGGCGACGCUUGGGAGAAAUGCCUCAGCGAAGAGAAGGUGCCGUACAUCACCGCCCUCGUGAAGGAGACACUUCGUUUCUGGUCAGUCAUCCCAAUCUGCUUGCCAAGAGUCAGCAUUAAGGAUAUUGAAUGGCAAGGCGCCGUGAUUCCUGCUGGUACCACAUUCUAUAUGAAUGCUUACGCAGCCAACUACGACGAGUCGCAUUUCAAAGAUGCCUAUAAGUUCGAGCCCGAACGUUACCUGGACAAGGAGAUGACAGGAAUUGAGCACUUUGGCUACGGCGCAGGUAGUCGAAUGUGUGUCGGUAGCCAUUUGGGCAACCGUGAGCUGUAUACAGCAUUCUUGAGACUGAUAACAGCAUUCGAGUUCGUUGCACCGAAGGACCCUAGAGACAAGCCCGUUUUGAAUGCAAUGGGUGCAAACGCUCUGCCCACUAGUCUUACCAUGGAACCCAAGCCUUUCAAGGUGGGACUUCGUGUGCGCAAUAGGCAGCAGCUGGAUAAGUGGAUCAGAGAGAGCGAGGACAGGACAGCAGACCUUUGA